AUGUACAACGGUGAUGCCGAUGACGACGAGUACACAAGCCGGACUGAGAAGCGCAAACGGAUGCUGCUUGAUGCGCCGAGCAUGUCCGUCGAGGAGAUGGUCCUGCUCAGGAUGGUCAAAGAGACCGAGGACGAGCUGCUCAACGCGCAGGAGCAGAGCCGUAACCUCCUUGUCGCCACCUACAGCCAGAUCCUCGGGCAGCAGAAGAAGCUUGCCGCCCUCGCCGCGCACACCCUGGUCUCGCCUGAAGGUACCACAGCGGUCACCACCACCACAUAA